UAUUUGAUGAGCAUGACGGAUAUACUAAUUUAUGGAUCAGAUGGGAGAAAAAGCGUUGCUGUUAUGUGUACUCAAUUGGUUGCUUUCACAUUUUGGUCUUUAACCACUACGCAUUCUGUAAAUUUCCUUUGCUUUUCUCAAAGGUGAAACAGACUCAUCCUCCUUUUGCUCUUGUUAAGUCAACUCACAUUCCAUUUGCAAAGGAGAAGUAGGAACGUUGGAGUAAACGGAGAGACAUAGAUCACAGGAAGCUUGCAAAGGCGAUCGGAUCUGUAGCUUGUUUUGAUAGGAAACCAUGGCUCUGGAAAUUGUGGGUGGUGCUUUUCUCUCUUCUGCUCUUGGUGUUCUGUUUGAUAGGAUGGCUUCCCGUCCGGUUGUUGACUUCAUCCGAGGAAAGAAGAUCACCGCUGGGCUGCUCCAUAAGUUGAAGAUUAAGUUGUUGUUGGUUAAUAAGUUGCUCGAUGAUGCAGAGGAGAAGCAACUCAGAAACUCUAGAGUCAGGGAAUGGCUUGAUGAGCUUAAAGAUGUUCUCUAUCAUGCAGACGACCUGUUGGAUGAGAUAAAGACUGAAGCUCUGCGUUGCAAGAUGGAACAAGAAGAUUCUGGAAGCAGCAGCACAAAUCAGGUACUCAAGUUUAGUUCUAUUUCCAUUCAAGAACUUGACAAAAGUCUGGAACCCAGGAUACUGGACGUUCUUGACAGAUUAGAAGUUAUUGUCAACGAAAAAGAUGUGCUUGAUUUGAAAGAGGGUGUUCAGGAUAGACCACAAGCAAGACUGCCUACAACUUCUUUGGUAGAAGAGUCUAGUGUAUAUGGAAGGGAUGAAGAAAAGGAGGCCAUUAUCAAGUUAUUGUUAGCGGAUGGUAUGACUGGAAAUAAGAAAGAUGUGCUUCCAAUUGUGGGCAUGGGUGGGGUUGGAAAGACCACCCUUGCUCAACUCGUAUACAACGAUGACAGAGUCAAGCAACAUUUUGACCAUCAAUCAUGGUCCUGUGUUUCAGAAGAAUUUGAUGUUAUCAAAAUAACACAGACAAUUUAUGGGGCAGUCACUUCACAAACUUGUAAUAUCACAGAUUUAGACAUGCUUCAAGUUAAACUAAAGCAGACGUUGUCAGGGAAGAAAUUUCUUUUUGUUCUCGAUGAUGUUUGGAACGUGAAUUUAAUGAAGUGGGAUCUCUUGAGCCGACCCUUUGAGGGUGGAGGUCAUGGAAGUAAGAUCAUUGUCACAACACGUGAUGAAGGCGCCGCAUGCAGGAUGGGUACCGUUCCAAGUAAACAUCUAGUGCAACUAUCUGAGGAAAACUGCUGGUUGUUGUUCUCAAAACAUGCCUUCAAAAAUGCAGGUGUUACUGCAGAUCCUUCGCAUGAAGUGAUUGGAAAACAGAUUGCUCAAAAGUGUAAAGGACUCCCUUUAGCUGCAAAAUCACUUGGGGGUCUUUUAUGUUCUGAACCAAAUAUUGAGAAAUGGGAAGAAAUAUUGAACAACGACAUAUGGGAGUUGCGAGAUAAAGAGAACGACAUUUUGCCAGCUCUAUGGUUGAGCUACCAUUAUCUACCUCCACAUCUGAAGCGUUGUUUUGCUUACUGUUCCAUAUUUCCUCAAGAUCAUAAGUUUAACAAACCAGAUCUGGUUUUAUUGUGGAUGGCUGAAGAUCUCUUAUCGUCAAAAUCGAAGACUACAAUUGAAGAAGUUGGAGAUAACUACUUUGAUGAUCUAGUGUCAAGGUCAUUUUUCCAACCAGAUCAUUUUUCUGGUAAGCCAAUUUUCACAAUGCAUGACCUUAUCCAUGACUUAGCAAACUUUGUCUCCGGAGAGUUUUGUGUUAGGUUGGAGGACAAUGACCCGGUACUGGAAAAUGCCGGCAACAGUCGCCACUUUUCAUGUGUAACCGGCAGUUUUGAUCAAUGGGACAGUUUGUAUGAAGCCAAGUAUUUGAGGACCUUUCUAGUGGUAUCAGAUUACAUAAACCGUCCCAACUUAGAUUUUGAUAUAUUCCUGAAGCUUCAGUGUUUAAGAAUGCUCAAUUUGUCAGGGUACAGGAUUGGUGAGCUGCCUAGUUCAAUUAGCAAGUUGAAGCAUCUAAGGCACUUGGACUUGUCUGACACAUCAAUUAAGAAGUUACCUGAUGAAAUGUGUACUUUAUAUAAUUUACAAACGUUAUUGUUGUCAUAUUGUUAUUCUCUAGUUGAGUUGCCAACUGAUUUUGGAAGAUUAAUCAACCUGCGUCAUCUUGAUAUCAGAUACACACAGAUAGAAAAGAUGCCACCAAGGAUGGGCAAAAUGAAAGAUCUCCAAACAUUAAGAGGUAAGUUUGUCCUAGACAAAUACACUGGUGAUAACAUUGUCGAGAUUAAAGGGCUUCAGCAGUUGCGCGGAACACUUUGUAUAUCUGGGCUUCGCCAUAUUUUGCAUGUCACGGAUGCCUUGGAGACCAACAUGAGAAAGAAGAAGCAUCUGGAUGAAUUAGUUUUGGAAUGGGGAGGCAAGUCUGGUGACACCGACGAUACACAAAAAGAGAGAGAUGUGCUGGAGAACCUCCAACCUCAUACAAAUCUAAAAGAACUCACCGUUCGAUCUUACGGGGGCACAAGAUUUCCAGGUUGGUUGGAAGAUCAUUCUAGUUUAUCUAAUCUGGUUCGUCUUCAACUUCUGGACUGUGGAAAUUGUUGGUUGUUGGCAUCAGUUGAGCAGCUACCCUCCCUACAAGAGCUUGAGAUUGAAGGAUUUAAUGGAGUGGUGAAUGUGGGUUCCAAGCCUUUUCCGAAUCUUCGUAAGCUUAGUCUGAGGUCCUGUCCCAAGGUAACCCGGACCUUCAUUUUAGCCUGCUUCCCAAAGCUUGAAAGCCUCGAAUUGAAGGAUGUUAAUGUAGAAUCUCUUAGUUCCUCUACACUCCUCUCCCUUGUCAAACUUUCAAUAGCUUCAUGCCCAAAUUUUGUUUGUUUUCCCGAUGGAGGGCUGAAUGCGCCGAACUUGGAGACCAUAGCAGUCCAUACCUGUCUGAAACUGAGGUCAUUGCCGCAACACAUGCACAACCUUCUCCCAUCUCUCAGGCGCUUGUUCGUAUAUUGUCCAGAAUUGGAAUCAUUUCCCGAAGGGAGAUUGCCGUCUAAGUUGGAAUACCUGGGCAUCUGGCGUUGCAAGAAACUCCUCAUUGGAAACCCCCGUAUGCAGUGGGGUCUACCAACACUCACCUCUCUCAAAUUCUUGAGCGUCGGCUUUCAGGAAUGUGAACACAUUGUGGAUUCAUUUCCCGACGAGGGACUGCUGCCCACCACUCUCUCACGACUCGAGAUCUACAGUAUUUCGAAGCUGGACGGCAAGGGGUUUAGACAACUCACCUCUCUUAAAGAGAUGGAAAUUGGCAAUUGCCCUGAACUCCGGUGCUUGCCAGAUGAAGGGCUACCCACUUCUCUUUCUGAUCUGAACAUCUAUGAUUGUCCUUUACUAGAACAACGUUGCCAGAGAGAGACGGGGGAAGAUUGGCCCAAGAUUGCUCACAUCAAGAGCAUUCGAAUCAAUAACAAAGAAAUGCAACGGUUCUGAAUUAGUGGUGCUAUCAUGCGAGUACGGGACUGCGGCUGGAGGAAUGAUUGCAAUCGAUGCAUACAGGAUUUUGUUUUCUACAAAACAAAAAAGGUCACAAAAGAGGAUGUGUGAAAAUUUUCCUGGGUUCUCAAUGUUAUGUCUUCAUUGUGGUCCAAAUCAGAGUGUUUGCAAAUAUGAAGCAGUGAUUGAAAGUUUCCUGGUUGAUUCGGUACUAUCCAAGUUCUAGGUACAGUUCUGAGCCAAGCAUUCUCUAUGCAGAUCUUCUUUUCUGAAGUUUUCUUAGGAUUCCCUCCUCUCAUAAUUGCCAGGGCAAUGUUUGCUGUUGUAUAUAGGCUGUUGUUUAUGUCAGGAUUCUCUACAUUAUGUCUUCAUUGCAGACCAAAUCAGAGCAUUUGCAUAUCUGAAGCAGUGGUUGGAAGUAUAUAGGCUGCUGCGUGUAUAUAGGCUGUUGCUUUCUAAUAAAGGAAACUGUCACAAACAAGAUGUGUACAAAAAAUUUCCUGAGUUGUGUAAAUAAUGUUAAGAAGUGACACAGUGAAAUGAAUCCCAAUGAUGACGAUGGGAUCCAUUCGGAAUGUAGGAGAUGGAAUUCUGUGAGGAAGUAGUGGAGUUGGAUAUGCAAAAGAGAAAUCAAGUGACAAGUCUGCACAGAAGUCUGCAAUUAAGGCUUCCAAAAAAUCAAAGAAUUCUGAUGCUGCACAUCAGGGGAAGCAACUUUUGUGCCUGCUAAUUGAUUGCUGGCUUGCUGCAAGUGGAAUGGAUAUCUUAUUCUGCUUCAAUAUGCUUGUAGAAGAAGUACCGAGGCAGUAAUGAAUUUGCGAAACAAUGUUCAAAUCUUCAUUUUUUUUUUCUUUUCUAUUUGCAUUUCAGUGUAAUGUUAUUUUCUUACGACAAUGAGAGUAGAUUACUAGACAAUCUCAUGUUAUAAUCUUCAAAUCUUGCAUUAGAAGUUUGUCUUUCGACACUAGCAUGAAACUUUCAGAGAUUCAAGUUUCAUAAACACUUUUCAAAUUUCAUUACUUAUUUGAUCUUUCA